CGGAGCUCGGAGGCGAUUGGUGGAGGCUUCGGAAGGCGGGAAGGAGGCGAGGGAAGCGAUGCCCCGCCCCCUGGCUCUGGGCUCCACGGCUCCCUCGAGCCCGCUCCCCCGGAGGCUGAGCUCCAUGGAGGCAGAUGGGGCACCUGGUGUCCAGAAUUGCCCUUCAGACUCUACCACUGGAGAUGGGGCCACACCCCCCGCCGGCCAGACCUUGAGCCGUGCCCCAACCUGUACCCGUUGCCGCAACCAUGGCAUCACUGCCGCUAUCAAGGGCCACAAGCACCUGUGCCUCUUCCGGGACUGUGAAUGUCAUAAAUGCAUCCUCAUCUUGGAACGAAGGCGUGUCAUGGCUGCCCAAGUGGCUCUUCGGAGACAGCAGGAAGCCCAGCUGAAAAAUAGGGCGGCCCCCCUAAAGAUUUCCAACCGUGGAAAGCGGGGGCCUGCCCCCCCACGGGCACCUGCUGGGAAGGAGAAUGUGAGCCCCCAGCCUGAGGGGGCCCUCCAAGGAGCUCCCCUGGCUCUGCUGAUACCCCUUGAAAAGGACAGCACCCCCCAGGCCUUGCUGCUAAGCAGGCCGUUGGACACCGUGCCGCUGUCCUGGCACCCUGGGCCCUGGCUUUCCUCCCCCCUGUCAGUGUCCCCCCCACUUCGGUGUCAUCUGCUAUACCAGGAGCCUGGCGUCGCCCUGCACCCAUUCCCUGGCUUUGACUCGGACUCCUCCCUCUACCUGGCCAACCACGGAGCCCUCCCAGUCUGCCUAGGACAGGGCCAGCUACUGAUGGCCGCCAUGCCAGAGGAACCCUCCGGGCUUUCCAACCUGGCCCAGCCAUGCUCAGCAUUGAUUCUUGAGCCCUGUGGCCUCGCAGACCCCCUGCUGCUGCAGCCCCAGGCCCCAGGGGCCUCCACCCUGGCCUGGGCGUCAGCCUCCGAAGAGCACCGGCUGCAGCGGGAAGCCGCUGAGGCCUUGGUGGGCCUGAGGGACUCCUCCCUUCCCCCUCGGAAUCUGCCACCUCCUGAGGAUCCCCCCACCCCUGCCCGGGGGACCCUGCUCUGCCCUUGCAGCCCCUCAGGCCCAGCUACCCCCAGGGAAGACAAGGAAGCUGAGGAAGAAGGGUCCUUGCUGCGGCCCAGCCAGGCCCCCUCGGUGGCCCUGCACAUUGGCCGCAUCGGAUCCAUCUCCCUGCUGGGCUGAGGCCUCUGCCCCCUCCGAGCAGGACGAGGAAUCAGCCGGCUGGUGUGCCGUGGUAUGGAGCGGGCUUUUCUCCUCACCCAGGAUCCUUCCCCCCAAUAAAGUGCUGUGAGACCUGA